GCGUCGGGGCCGGUCCUGGCCGGGAGCCGGGAGCCGGGAGCCGGGAGCCGGGAUCCAAGAGCUGGGAUCCGGGAUCCAGGAAUCUGGACCUGGGGGCGGCGAGAUCUGGAGCGGAGCGGCUCGGGGGGUCUCGGCCAGGUUUGGCCUUUUGGUGUCUCCAGGUGUGCGAUACCAGGCAGUUCACACCCCCGCCCGCCUCAACCGUGGCACUGUUGGUGUUUCGUGUGGGGCUUGAGUCAUUUCAUCAUCACCACAGCAAGAGGACCCACCAAAGGUGUGCCUGCCCUCUGCCUGCGCCCAGGCUGCCCAGGAGAGAACCGUGCCAGGAGCCCCUCCCGUGGCUGGGGACGGGAGGGGACCUCCGUCGGAGGAGAAGGCCCGCAUGAUUGAGACCGCCGGGCACCCCGGCCCCGCCACUGCCCCCCUGCCCUCGCCUGCAGCCCAUGCGGCCGGAGCUGCCAUGGAGCGCUCCCAGGAGGCCGAGCGGGAGCUGCGCCGGUCCACCAGCCCGGGCCGGGCACCCCCGCGGGCCCCCGGUGAUGACCGCUCCGGGGGCUACGGCUGCUGCAUCUGCGGCAAGAGCUUCCCGUUCCAGAGCUCUCUGUCGCAGCACAUGCGGAAGCACACGGGCGAGAAGCCGUAUAAGUGUCCUUACUGCGCGCACCGUGCAGCUCAGAAAGGGGACCUCAAGCUCCAUAUCCGGAGCCACCGUGCCGGUGCCGUAAGUCAGGGCCCAGAGAGCCAGGGUCACGAAAACCAGGGCCACAAGAACCAGGGCCCCGAGGCGGGGGUCGGGGAGGUGCAGCUCGGGGACACGGGCACGGCCGAGGGGCUGGGCGGCUGUGCCAGCCCCACCAAGAGCACGUCGGCCUGUAACCGCAUCCUGGAUGGCGCCAGCCUGGCAGAAGGGAAUGGCCCGGUGGAUGUUGGGGAGGCCCUGGUGACCCAGGGGGACUGCAUCCCCGCUGGGUCCCGGGGCUCCCCUCCCCCAACCCCGGGGGCACAGCCCGAGGGUCGGGAACUACAGGUGCCCAGGGCUGGGCCGGGUGACCUCAGUGCUCCCCCGGAGGACAGGGGGUCAGGCGAGCCUGGCGCAGGCCCUGCCGGUGGGCGGGGCGAGCCGGGCCCAGGCGAGUUCCCAUGCCAGGUGUGUGGCCAAGCCUUCAGCCAGACCUGGUUCCUCAAGGCGCACAUGAAGAAGCACCGCGGCUCCCUGGACCAUGGCUGCCACAUCUGCGGGCGGAGGUUCAAGGAGUCCUGGUUCCUCAAGAACCACAUGAAGGCCCAUGGCCCCAGAGCUGGGGGCAGGAGCCGGCCCCGCACCGCCUCUGCCCCUGGCACCGCCCCCGUGGCUACCAUCAACGACGUGGUGCAGGAGGAGGCCGUGGUGGCCGGCCUGGCCCUGUUCGAAGUCUGCCCCAAGUGCGGGAACUUGUUCGCCAACGUGGACAGCCUGAAGGCGCACCGGGUCGUGCACCGCCGCGGGGACGGCGCCCAGGCCGCGCGGGGCGGCGGGGGGACCCCAGAGGGCCUCGACCCCCAGCGGCUCUUCCUGCGCCGGCUGGACCUGAGGCCGUGCCCUGGGGAUCCGGGGGCAGUCGGGGCCCCCCGGGGUCCAUCGGGGCAGAGGGUGUCCGAGCUGGAUCCUGUUAACAGCUACCAGGCCUGGCAGCUGGCCACUCGGGGUAGGGUGGCAGAGCCCGCUGACGGUGGGAAGGCCCCAGGCUGGGACGAGGCCCUGACGGGCUCCGACGUUUCCUACGACCAGGACCGGCAGGAGUUUGUCUUGGCCGGCCAGGACCGCCGCAAGCGCGACCGGGAGAUGGAGCAGGCGGUGCCCCCCGGCCCCGGGGCACGGAAGAAGAGUUGUGCGGGUGGGGCGCGGGGCGAGCGGGCCGGGGGUGCCAACGGCGGCCUCCACGGCCUCGGGGAUCCCGACUCCGACCCCCGGCGGGCGGCUCGUCAGGCACGGCGGGUGGCGCAGAACAAGUCCAGUGAGUGCUUCGAGUGCGGGAAGGUGUUUCGUACCUAUCACCAGAUGGUGCUUCACUCGCGGGUCCAUCGUCGGCCACAGCGUGGGGGCGUCGGGGGCAGCGGGACGCCCGCCCCCCGGGACCGCUCCGGCUCCUCCAGCGACUACGCCGACUCCGCGCCAGCUAGUCCUCCCGCCAGCCCCGGGGGCUCGUCCCGAGACAACGACGAGGACGAGGUGGACGAUGACCGGGACGACAACCGGGACGAGUGCAACAGCUCCGAGGAGGGAGGAGCCGAGCCACCCUCCCCAGGAGAAGAGCCAUUUUGCUGCAACUUUGAGGCCAGAGGCACCGUGGCACAGCUGCCCAGCGGGGACCGAGUCCUCCCUCCCGGGACGGGCAGCACCCAGGCCACCAGGGCGCCUGAGCUCCACCCUGGCCCCGAAGAGGAGCCGGGCCACCCCCACGAGGAGCAGCGACGCCCUCCAGCCAUCCAGCCGCCGACCCUCUGUCCCCGGCCCGGCCUCCCGGUCCCCCAGCCCGCAGUGGCCACCUCCCCGGCACCUCGGACUGGCUCGGCUGCUCCUCUGGAUGCCCCGGGUGGCCGACCGAGAGCUCAGGGCCGCCCGGCUGGGGAGGGAGAGGCUCCGGGGCCAGAGCCGGGUCCCCUGGAUCUCAGCGGAAGCGGUGGGGGCGGCCCUGGCGGGAAGGAGCGGGCGGUCUCUCCGCCGACAGCCCUGCCCAUCCACCCGUGCCCAUACUGCAGCCACAAAACCCUGUACCCGGAGGUGCUGUGGAUGCAUAAGCGCACCUGGCACAGGGUCAGCGGCCCCGCUGUGGCCCCGCCGUGGACUCAGCCCCUCGGCGCCAGGAGCGUCAGGAACCACGUCGUGUUCCUCGCACGAAGCGGGCGCACCGGCCCCCCGCCGGCCCUGGGGGGCCGAGAGUGUCAGCCGUUACCCGUGGCCCGCUUUGCCCGCACCCAGGGGCCCGGCAGGCCGCUUGGAACCGAGGGCAUUUCGGGCUCAGAGCCUCUGGGCAAGGCGGGGGCCGUGGUGAGGCGGAGGGGCUCUGCCCCGGGGGCCCAGCGCGGGCCAUGGCCGGCAGACCUCGACGGCGGGUCCCGGCCCCCCAAACUGAGCCGGCCCCACGCACCGGGCAGCCCGGCCCCACCUAGGUACGACCGCACCCCCAGGCUGCCCCCGGCGGGCCCCGGCCGGGCCGGCCCCCCACCAUCUCCCAAGUCGCUGGGAAAACUUGCCCCCCCGGGCCGGCGCGGGGCCUCGGGGUUCGGCCCUCCAUCCCCGGGCCCCGCCGUGCCACCGGCGAAGCCCGAAGUGCCCCCGCCUCCGGCUGCCGUCCACGAUCCCAGGACGCCAGACCCCCGUGGUGCAGGAGCCGGACGCGGACCCCUACCGCACAGUCCGCCCACUCCGCCCAGUCACGGCCCCCGGCAGGAGCCGACCCCGGUGGAUGGCUGUGACCGGCACGGCGGCAUCCUGAACCUGUUCAAGACGUACCUGGCCCAGGACCUCGGCCCUUGGGGGGGAAGCCGCCCUCAAUCAGACCCCACAGGGCCCAAGCCACAGCCGCGUCAGCCUGGCCCUCCAAGUGCCUCCCCUCGAGGGUCUCUGAAGACCCCGGUGCCGAGCUCCCAGCGUGACCGCAGCCCAGACCCUGACUCCUGGCUCCAGCCCUCUCAGGACCGUGACCCGCCCCACCCCGAAGACGAGCAGCUGGAAGGUUUCCCCACCCGCCCCCUGGGGUCCCGAGCCGCCGUGCACGAGUAGAGGCUGGCUGGGCUCGGCCACAGCUGGAGGGUCGCCCACCCUUCUUGUGCACAUCUGGAGCUGAGCCACGUCCCAAGGCACCCAGCACCCCGAUGGGCACUGUGAAUGGCUGGGGGGUGAUCAGGGCACCUCCUUCCCCCCAGGCACCCCAGCCCUGGAGUGCUGUGCCCACACAUCGAACAAUAAGAACAGCAGCUGCAGGUGACCCUCGGUACCAUGUGUUCAGCUCUGCUUUCUCCCCUCACCGCCAGAGCAGGAGGCCACAGUUCUGCCACUGCCCAGCCGCUCUGUGGGGAUGGGUGGGAUUCAAGGGUUAGGGGCAGGGUUGGUGGGGUGGCAGGGCUUUAUAUACCUCUUCUGCGUUAACUUUUUCAAUGCAAAUGUCCUGGUCGGGCUGAAGCCACAUAACAACGAAGGGUCUUAAACCGUGCACGGUGUAAGCAGUUCAAAUGUAUUCCAUAAGCAUAAACGUACGUUAUCUUCUCACUGCCGUGACACUAUGUGUGAUGGUAAUAUUUCUGAGCAUUUCAGAUCUUUGCACAUAUGGUUUUAUGCAUUAUCAAAAGUCACUUCUGCCUUGAAAGGAAAUGUUCUGGGAAAUUUUUUGCAAAAGCUUUACUAGGUUUUGUUUCUUUUUUUAAUUGUGACGUUUUGUAAAGGCAAUGGAUGAAAAACUAGCAUGCAAAAUAUAUUUUUCCACAAAGCAAUAAUUUUACAUGUACAGAAUGAUCCUAACCUUUAAUAGCGGCAUGAACAGCCGUGACUUAACAUGAUAAAUAGAGACUAGGGGCAGUUUUUGUAGGAAGUCGUGUUCAGGCACAGAUAUUUGUUUAAAAAAACCAACACCCACAAAACAGCAAAACCCCCUGAGGUGUGGUUUUCCUGUUCUCAUGAUUUGGUGGGUUUUUUAUUGUUAUUGUUAUUAUAAUUAUUACUGUGAUUUUUGUUCUUAUUUGUCCACUUUUGGUUCUGGAUUGUACCUGUGACCAGUUUGGAACAACUUAGUGGUCCAGAUUCCUCUGCAGCCCUUGCAGUGAUGCAACAUCACCUCCUGGCGUGGCUCUUUGCUUGGCAUUUUCCUUCUCUCCUCCCCCUCCAUCUGGAUGCCCACAGUUCUGGGGCUCCCACCCUGAGGUUCUUUGGGUGGGAGGGAGAGGGAGCACUCCUGGAAGAUCUCAAAGUUCCCCAGACCAUUCCCUGCAGCUCCCAGAGUUGUCUGGCCCAUUCCCUGCAGCUCCCAGAGUUACCCGCCCAUUCCCUCAGCUCCCAGUGAUUUCUGGACCUCUUCUGCCUCCUAACAUUAUCUGGACCAUUUCCUGCAGCUUCAAGUUAUCUGUAUCACUUCCAGAGCCUAGAAUUUUCAGGACCAUCCUCAGCAGGACCCAGACCAUUCCCAGUGACUCCCAGAGUUAUGUGGACCAUUCCCUGCAGUUCCAAGUUAUCUGGACACCCCGGGCUCUCAGCAUUUUCUGGACCAUUCCUGAAGCUCCCAGACCUAUCCAGAACACUCCUGGAUUCCAGCAUGAUCCAGAAACUUCCCCAGCAGCUCUCAGCAACAUUGGGCCUAUUCCCAGCUCCCAGUCCAGAGUUUCUGUUCUCUCUCACUGCUUGGAAAAUGCCCUUGGGAUGGGGCAGGGGGAUCAGUUUCCAAAAUGUGUGCAGGAGUGGAGAGGCCAGGGAGGAGUCUCUCCUUUUCUUAGUGUCCGUGGAGAGUGGGCAUCUCUCUGGGGCUGCCACCCACCCCUGUCAGCUUCCAGGCACAAAUCUUGGAUUCCAUCUUUCUUUUCCGGUUUCGGUCAGUACGGUACCAGUCCAUCCAUUCAUUCCUUCCCAUCUUUUGGGCUGUAGUAUUUAAUAUAAUUGUGUUCCCUAUUUAUUUAGCCCAUGUGUUUUGGUUAGCUUAUGUUUAAAAGGAAAAGAAGGUGUUUGAGCAUGCUAAGCCCUGUAAACUCUCUUCUGUUACAGACUUGCUACCUACCUCUACCGAACUACUGUUCCCUGCUCCCAACAGGAAUUUGACAGUGUUUCCGUCUAAUGUAACGUAGACAAUAAAGGAUUGGAUUAUCUACCCGA